AUGGCGGCCACGAGCUCCGCGGCGCUCUUCUCCGUCCUCCCCCUCCCCACAGCCUCCCCGGCCUACGCCAGGGCAGGCAGCAGCCAUUACAGGCCCACGCGCUCCACCGCGGCCUUGUCCCCCAUCAGAUGCUCUGCCGCCUCGCCCGACCUUUCGCCCGGCGCACCGGCGCCGGCGCCGCCCAAGCCCCAAAUCGAGCUCGAGUUCCUCGGGCCGAAGCCGGGCGCCGACGGGUCGUACCCGGUGGACAGGGCGGCGGCGGUCAGCGGCGACAAGCUCCUCCGGGACGUCAUGGUCGAGAACAAGAUCGAGCUCUACGCGGCAUACGGGAAGCUGAUGAACUGCGGCGGCGGCGGCAGCUGCGGCACCUGCAUCGUCGAGAUUAUCGACGGGAAGGAGCUCCUGAGCCCAAGGACAGACGCCGAGAAUCGUUACCUGAAGAAGAAACCGGAGUCAUGGAGGCUUACCUGCCAGACGAUCGUCGGGAACAAGGAGAACUCCGGUCGUCGUCCAACGGCUGCCCCAGUGGAAGAAAUGACUGAGCAAUCUUGCCUGCACCUGCUACUGCUGCUGGCAUCAGUUACAAACCUGUUCUGGGCAUAUCCCUAG